AUGACUGGUUUCGAUUUUGGACCACCACUAUCAAAUGGCACUAGAGGAAUCUCUGUGUGGCCACAAAUUUUCAAACAUAAAUUGAAAGAAAAUCAAACAGUCGCCAUUUUAUUGGUUGACACCCAAGCUUUGGAUUCGAUAACAGAACCAAGUGUUGAUAAAGAUGCACGAAUUUUUGCGUUCAGUGUGAUGGCUUCAUCGAUACAGUUGUACAAUGUGCAUGGUGACAUUGAGUCCUCUGAUCUGCUUAAUUUGGAUUUAUACACUACAUAUGGCAGAUGGGCAAAUAAAAACAAAACACUGUUCCAGAAUUUAAAAAUAAUUAAUCGAGAUAAACCAGAUAAUUCGUAUCCUUAUCCGUUCGAAUCAUACGGAUGGCAAAAAGAUGGGAAAAAGAUCUAUUUUAGCAGCAAGGAAAAUGAUCCGGAUACAAUUAAAGAACAAAUGAAACGAUUCAAUCAAUCCUACGAGAAUAUUGAUGUUUUUUAUAUGCCAUCCCCCGGUGAAGAUGUAACCACGUAUGUAAACGGCUAUAAAGGCGAUUUGAAUGUGGUGAAUAAAGAAUUCAUAAGAAAUGCGACCAAUUUGGUCGAAUCACUGUUCGAUCCAGAAAAACUUCUAAUAAAAAAGGUCAAUGGUAGAGUAAUCAAAGCCAAUCAAUUCAUCGAAUAUUUAAAAUUUUAUGGAAAAAUGUUAAAUUCACCCGAUUUACCGUAUUUUGGCACACAUGUUCAGAACGUCUUGGAUAUCAGUUACAUGGAAUCGCGCGCAAAAUGUUUAGAAUUUUAUGAAAAAAACAUGCAGGAUGAGAUUAAAACAUGCGAUCCCACAAAUAACGUAUCUUAUUUCUCCACGAAUGACUUACAGGCAAUUGAUCAAAAAUACAAGAGAAUUUCAAUGAAAAUGUUUUCGGCGCAGAAGGAACACAAUUCAGAAGAAUACAUGAGAAAAUGGGAAAAGAAACUUGAAGAUGGUAUUAAAAAUAAAUACGAUGGUCCAAGCGAAACGAGUUUCGUGAAUAAAAAUAAAGAAAAUGAAAAAUGCUUUAAG